AUGGAUGGCCAGACUAAGAUUCAGGUCGCCGAGAAUGCUUUUGUGUACGGGCAGGGGAUGCGCGGAGACCAAGUUGAUCUUGGAUACUGGCAGAUCAUUGCGUAUGCCAUGCGGCACUUCGCGGAUAUGCCGAGGGAACCAGUGAAGGAGGGCCGCGUGAUGCAGCCGGCAGCGAUGGCAGACCGAGCCGUCCUCCGCCGCUUUGCUGACCUGGGAGACCAGCUGGGGUUUACUAGUACCAGGAUAAAGCAUUUGCAGCAGUAUCCAGCUGCACUCGCAGAGCAAACCCCACCAUCGAAGCAUCCCCCCCUUGUUAUGUCAGGAUCCAGAGUAGGGAUAGCCCAUAGAUGCGGCACCCCACGCAGGCCGAAAUUCAACGAGGACCGGAAAUUCUGGUUUACCAAUCACCUCCAUGACGAGAGUGACCAGCAAGGCAAAGGCAUCACGAAAUUCUUCGUCCGAAAACAAGUUUAUCUCGCCUUCUUUGGCUGGCCGACAUGGAGGCCAACUGCACAGGGUAGUAGCCAUGGCCGCUCUCCAUCUCUCCCUCCUGCUCCAGACUUCGGAGAUUUACCUCAUGGCCCAAGCCCUGAUGGUCAACAGCACAUGGUCGGGUCCCGAAUGGACUGGCCACCUAGUGCACUAGAACCUGCAGAAGAUGACGGGGGCCUGUUUGUCCCAGAAGCAGGUCCAAGCCAAACCCAGGCGGAAGGAAUGGGUGAUGGUGGACAGCCAGAGCAGCCUACGAGCAGCUCGACGCCAGCCGAGAGUGAAAGGUGGAAGCGGAAGCUUCUGGAACAUAAAAAGCGAUGGGAGGCGUGGUUGGAGCGGCUGGACAGGGAGCGGCUGGAGAUGGAGAGGCUGGAGAAGGAGAGGCUGGAGAAGGAAAGGCUGGAGAGGGAGAGACUGGAGAGGGGGAGACUGGAGAGGGAGAUAGACAUCAACCUUGUCAAAUGGGAGGACAAUACUUGGAAAUACCUAACACCACUCGCAGUCGAUCCAAAGGAUCCGUAUAACAUCGAACGGACACACACAAUCCUCCUUAUUGCAGAAGACGAGCUUGCUAUUGAUAGGAUGCAUGAAUCUGUAGCGAAGCUCCACGCGGAUGCAACCAAGAGAGUCAUCGGUUUGAAACGCAAGGCCACCGAAGAUCUGUCUCACACUUACCAUGCAUGGAAGAUGGUUGUCUGCACUGAUGGGAAUGAGCUACCGUAA